AGGCGCAGCACACUUUUACAUCCCUAUAGCCUAGCAAUGGGUAAUCCUUCGAUUAGCAGACUUAUUUCUAGAUCACUUAGAAACCAAAAAAAAUUUGAAUGAUUUCCCUAACAACCAAAUUUCACACUGGUACAGAUAUAUUGAUGACAUUUUUGCAAUUAUGAAUUGUAAUUUUACUGAAAUUGAUGACUUCUUAUUUUUAAUUAACAAUAUUCAUCUUAAAAUCAAAUUCACAGUUGAGAUUGAGUCAAUAAAUCACUUAAUUUCCUAGACCUUUCUAUCAGUCGUCAGUAUAAUAAACUUGAAUUUGAUAUCUACAGGAAACCUACUCAAACUGACCAUCUAAUUAAUUUCCACUCUAAUCACUCUUAUCAACACAAGUUAUCAGCCAUAUAUUGUUAUGUUUAUCGUCUUUUUAAUAUACCUUUAUCUAAUCAUAAUUUUAAUAAAGAAAUUAACGUUUUAAAACAAUUAGCUUUUAAUAAUAACUACAAUCCUUCCAUUAUUAAUGUGGUUAUCAAUAAAGUCAAACUUAAGAAAAGGUCCCAACUUGCUUUUAAUCCUACUAACGAACAUCCUGCUAAUUUUAAGUACUUUUAACUACCAUAUUACAAUAUUGCAACAAUAUGAAAAUUUCUUUUAAUUCGACUAAAAGCCAACUAUCACAUACUAAGGAUGAAAUCAAGUUGCUACACAAAAGUGGUAUCUAUAGACUAAGCUGUAACGAUUGUAAUACGUCUUAUAUAGUAAAAACUGAGAGGAGACUCAACAUACGAGCUGGUGAACACAUUAGAUAUCCAGAUAAGUCUACUUUUAGACAUCAUAUUAAAUUCAUCAAUCAUAACUUCACUCCUUUUGAGAAAUGUUAGUGUUCUUCAUAAUAUUUUUAAUUGCAACUUUAAACUAAAUCUGCUUGAAGAUCUUGAGAUACACAGAGAGUUUAAUAAACCAAAUGUGACAUGUUUUAACACUCAAAUCCAUCUCAAUAGCAAAGUGCCUCCUCUCUUUAAGAGUAUUGGCAACGGUUGAUCUGAAGUUACCUAGUCAGCUUCGCCUUGAAAUCUUCUUUGCAGCGGAACUGACCAUGUCUUUUCCAGCGAUUGCUGAUUUCGUGGUCAGGACGGUUUUUCCUCCUCUUUUAGAUGGAAAAGCUGGUCUGCCUGUGACUUCGGUUUCGCUGGAGCCGGCCUGCUCAAUUCUGUUGUUUUUAGAGAUCUACGUGGAACACAUAAUAAUAGACCGCACGUUUCACAACCAGAGGUUAUAUUUCCAAAAUACAUCAAUAUAUUGAAUCGUUUCCCCGUAAAACUUCUCACUACAGUUCUUAAGAAGUUCAUUUUCUUGAUUCAGCUCUAAAUGUUAAGAUUAUGUAUAAUCUCUCUGCAAAAUUAUACCUGGAAUUAAAUAAUAUCGUCAAAUAUGAAUUUUAUUUAAAAUUCUUUAGAGAAUUUUGCACUGAAAUUUGGGAGACCCCAAGUUGAUGUAUGUAAUCAAUGCGAAGAAUUAGGCACAGAACUUAAAGACCCAAAUUAGAACGACAACGCGAAGAGAGUUGCAGCUGCCAAACUGAUGGUCCAUAAACGUAGGGCUAACAAAUUUUACUCAAAACUUAAGGAAAUCACUACUAUCUGCCACGAGCGUGAAGAUGUUGGUGUAAUAGUUUUUGAUUAUAUUCAAAAUAUGCACUGCCUGUCAUACCCGUCCAAGAAAUGUUUUAUUACAGACAAUUGUGGCUAUAUGGGUUCGAAAUACACGAUUUGAAAAUGGAUCAGGGACACUUUUAUACAUACCAUGAAGGACAAGCCGCGAAGGGUCCCAAUGAAGUGGGCACAAUUAUUAAUGACUAUGUGCAGAAAAUGUCUGCAGAAAUUCAAGAGCUUUACAUAUUCUCAAAUGGUUGCCUGGGCCAGAACUGUAACAACACUGUAGUCAGAUAUUUAUUAGCCCUUGCGUCUUCAAAGCGAUUUCGUAAAUUUAUUAUUACAUCUCAGUACGUGGUCGCUCUUUUUUGCCAUGUGACAGAGACUUCGGUUGUCUGUGACAAGUAAUAAGAAAAUACUAUAUAAUCUAUCUUCCAGAGGAUUACGAAAAUAUGAUACUGUCUUGCCGUAAAUUAAAUCCAUUUGGGAUAUGAACAAUAUGCUAUAAAGAUAUCACCAAUUACAAAAACUGGUGGCCCAACAACUACAAGAAAACAUGUCAAUCUUCCGAUAACAUAAAAUUCAAAUUACAUUGGCGGACUCGUCUCAACAACUUUCAAGUUAAUCAAGCCUAAAGCAGACCCAACUUUACCCACUGCGCGCGCAUACUUAAAGAUAUUACCAUUGUAUUUAGAUCAACUAGUAAAACAAUACCAAUGCAAAUUAUCUUGGAGGACAAUGAACAGUAUCAAUAGAUGGCAGCAAGCUUCGUGGUGUCCAAGUCAUGUCUUUGAUAAUUUUGUCGUCUUCGAAACGAACGUAAUUUCUCUAUUUACUAAUAGAUGGGCCCAUAAUCGAUUCAGAAUAUUUGUUUUAAAAAUGGAAUAUACGAGUUUAAUUAUGCUUGUUGAACAUUUAUUUACGAUUUAUUAUCAUUUUAGAGAAUAUAAACAAUAGUAAUUUAAAUUUAGCACUCUACACAUAUGAAUUUAAAAAUUAAGAAAAUUUUAUGUAUAUAGAAUUCUGUACUCAAUGAUCGAGGAAGCGCUAGCGUUCGGGCUACUUUGAUGAAUUUCUAACAGAUGUCGCGACAGAAUUGCCUCCAAUGAAACGUCCAUAAGGUUGUUCUACUAUCUUCUCUAAAUACAAUGAUAUUACCAAUCAAUAUAAAGAACAUUGAUAACCUCAAAAAAGUGAUGUAAUAUAUAACAGGAGAAAUUUUGGAAUUUUAUUACCACACGUCAUGGAAAACCAGUAACGUGGAAGAUAAAGAUUAACUUGAAUUAAUGUUUUUUUAUGCUAUUUGAGUUUAAAUAUGUUAAAUACCGUAUAAAUAAAAAUGAAUUACUAACUUGCUGCGCUAUUCAUUAAAUAACAUUAAGAAUUCAAUGUAUUUUUAAAGUUGGGUGGAAAAACAGUAUAGCUCCAAGAGUCAUUUUGUCGCGCAUGUCAUUAAUAAAAGAAACAAAAUGAUAUUUCAC